AUGGGAAUAGAUCAAUUUCCAUCACCAUUUAAGGUGAAACCAAUUAUUAAAGAGCACAAUCAGGAAACUCCAGUCCUGUCUCAAAUAAAUACCCCAACCAAAAGUACAAUGACUGAGAAAUCAAGAAUAAUAACAAGCUUGGACAGCUCUAAUCAACAACAGGAUUUGAUAUCUUGGAUUGAUGAUUUAGAUACUCGUAUGAAACGUACGCUAAGCCGGCAAUACCGUGAAUCUAUAGAAUUAAAAAAUCAGACAAAUAUAGAAGACUUGAGAGAAAAGUAUAGGCAAAUUCCUUUCGACGAUUCAUUCAGGAAACUAGGGUCUAUUUUGGAUAAACGAAAUGAAAUUGGUAGAAAUAAUAAAGUUCCGAAUGAAGCUGAUAAAUCAGUUAGUGAUGAAAUUGAUCUGAUGGAUAUUUCUAAAAAUGUUGAGGCAAAAGAUGAGCCUGAAAUAGAAUCCGAAGAACAUCUGGAUGAUGGCAUAAUUGAAAUUGUCUCUUCAGAGGAUGAAGAGGUCUCUAAUUCGGAUAAAUCGUCUAAUUCCUAUGAGAAUGAAGACAAGAACGAGAAUCGAAGUAUAAAUAUAAAUCAUUCCCAAGGUGUAACAUACCAAAUAAAAGAUGGAAGACCGAGGUUACUGGAUCAUUAUAUGAAUAGCAACAAAGUUCAUCAAGAUGAACUGUCAGAAUAUAGUUCCGAAUAUAGUAACAGAGGUGAUAAUAAUGAUGAUGAUGAAGAUGAAGAUGAAGAUGAAGAUGAAGAUGAAGAUGAAAGUCAAAAUGAAUAUGAAGGAGAAUAUGAGUACCAAAAUGUAGAUAGAGAAGUUGAGCAUGAAGAAGAAGGCAUGGAUGAACAUGAACGUAUAGAUACUGAAUUGAAAAUAAAUACUAAUCUGGAUAACGAAAUCGAUGAUGAAGUGAUUAUCCUAGAUAGCGAUGAAGAAGACGCAUAUAAAAGUAAUGAAGAAGACUCUAACUCUGAAUCUGACGCACUCAGUCGUACAUACGAAGAAGACUCGAAAAAUAUGCUUCAUAAUAGAAUAAUUAAUGAAAGAAACUAUGAAAACGAGCCGGAUGAAGAUGAGAAUCAUCAGAUAUAUCUGGAGGCUGAAAAACACCUGAAGAUAAAAACCUUUAUGUCACUGGUGUACCCUAAUCAUGUUGAAGAUAGAAAUGUAGAUGAAGCAGACGAAGGCAAUGCUCUUUCUGGCAGUAAUUUGAUGGGUUUGGCAGAAGCUGUUCUCAAAGAAUCUAAUGAAAUGACGGAUGAAAACUCAUUUAUAACAGCCCGUGGCUCCGAUAGCUAUGAUAAAUUUGGCUUACCGCAAUAUUCGACAAAUUUAACUAGUGGGUAUGCGGCUGAUUAUGAUACUACAGAUGUCAACAUUCAACCUGGUAACCUUUCAGGAAUAGAAGAAGAAAGUAAAGAAAUAGCAGAUACAGUGGCGCAUGCACCUGAGUCGUUUUUUAAAGAGGAGACUAGUUCCAAUGAUUCUAUACAAUUAGUUGAUGAUUUUGAAAAUAUUUCUGAAGGCUCAUUAGCUGAUGAAGAACGAGAUUAUGAAGAUUCUUCUAACAAUAGCAAAGAAAAUCCCUCGAAUAAACAUGAAGCAUAUGAAAGGACAAGUCCUUCUGAAAUGGAAACCUCAGACGAGGCACAUCAAGAGGAUUAUACAAUUGAAGUUGAGCAUGUUAAUGAAGUUCCUGUAUUCAAAACUGUUGCAGAAGAAGAUCCCGAGACUGUGUUACUCAAGUUAAAAGAAGCUGAAAAUAAGUACAAUAUUAGAUUAAAUUCAGUGAAAUGUCUUGAAGAUGAAAUAAUUUCGAAAAAUGGGCAUCUUCCUGAGUCCUACAUACCUAAUCAAUUUGUCGAUGAAGAAAACAGUCAUAUAAAUAAUAAUGAUGUAUCUGGAAAAGAAGAUAUAACUAAUUUUGGAACUAUACCAAAACCAAUACCAAAGCCACUUUUAUAUAACCUUUCAACUUUAGAUGAAACUACUAUUCAUGAAGUAUCAGAAGAGAGAGACGAAAAAGACAAUUCUAUGACUUUUCCAGUCUUGGAAACUUUAUAUGGUGAUCAAACAAGUAUAGACGAAUCAAGUGUCGUAGAUGAUACCAAUCUUGUAAAUAUAUCUGAAGAAAAUUAUUCUCCAGGCAAUUGUUUGAGUCAAAGGGAUUCAAAAACGUCUCAAAUGGAUAAGAAAAUGAUAGCUGAACGAAGAGAGUUCCGGCAUGAAGAUUUUCUGACCUCAGAGUUGGAUCUAAUUGACGAUAAGACCACUCUUGCUAUUGAAAAUGGGAACCAGGAAGUAAAGAAAGAUAUAGCUUUCUAUGAGGAUGCAGAGCCUGUUCGUGUACCAAUUUUGGAUCAUGUAUAUGCUAAUAAUUCCCAAAUAAAUGAAACUACUUUAAAUGGAUUAGGAGAAGAAAUUGAAAAACCUGACCAUGUUCCUGCGUUAGCACAGAUUGAUACUAAUCAUCCUAAAAUCGACGAUACUACUAUUUCCGAUACGGUAGAUGAACAUGAAAAGUUGAUUGAUGUCCCUUUAUUGGAUCAAAUCGAUGCUGAUGAAAACGACAUCAAUGAUACUAUGAACGAGAUAGGAAUAGAACUGAAGGACAAUACAUUAAAUCAUUUCCAACAAACUGAUUCUGAUCAAAUAUAUCCCCAUGAACCACGUAGCCGUGAGUCAGAGGAAGAAAAUAAAGGGUCUAUUAAAUUGCCUAUGUUAGAGCAAAUUGAUGCUAAUGAAUCGGUCGAUGAUAGUACUGUGAACGAUAGUACUAUAAACAAGAUAGGAAUCGAACAGAAUGAAGUUUUAUCUAACGAUGUUUUAACUUCUGACAUCGAGCAAAAUAAGUUGGCUGAUUCGAACAAUAAGGCAGUAGGCAGGUUGGAAGAACAAGAUGGAAAGUCUGUUAACGUCCCCAUGUUAGAUCAAAUUGAU